GACCUAAGUAUAUGCGCAUUCAUACAUUUUAACCUCUAGAAAACCCACCGCCUCCCCCCACCAUUAAUCCGCUGUUUCCUCCUUCGACGUUUCUUCCCCGUUGCCAGCGAUCGAAACCAGAGCUCGGCGUCUCCUCUCUCUCUCUCUCUCUGUCUCUCGGUGAAGGAUCUCUUCAUCUGCCCUCUUUUCGUUUUGGAUUUCGAGAUUGCUUCCGUCGAUCGACGUGGUAAACGUUUGUGGGAAAUCGGGCAUGGGUUUCUUUCCAGGCUGAUUGGAUCGGCCUUCUUGUUUCGGUGGGAUCUUCCCUCACUUUGAUCUUUGUUUGGGGGGCGAAGAUUUCGGAGGGAAGAUGGGGUAUUUGAACUCCAUCAGCGGGCUUCAAGCAGACGGUGCUCCGGUCAGCGGGGGAGGACUCAGUCAAGAUGGGAAGUUUGGUUAUGAGUAUGCAAGCUGUCCACGGAAAAGAUCUUCAAUGGAAGACUUCUAUGAGACGCUAAUUGACAGCGUUGAUGGAGAAAUUGUUGGCUUGUUUGGGGUCUUUGAUGGUCAUGGCGGUGCCCAAGUAGCGGAGUAUGUUAAACAAAACCUCUUCGGCAACUUACUCAGGCAUCCAAAGUUCAUUACCGAGACAAAAUCAGCUAUAGCUGAUGCAUACAACCACACGGACGCAGAAUAUUUGAAAUCUGAGAACAGCCAGAACCGAGAGGCGGGUUCAACUGCAUCAACAGCUGUCCUUGUUGGUGAUCGUUUGCUCGUUGCAAAUGUUGGGGACUCUAGAGCUGUCAUAUGUAGAGGAGGAGAUGUUGCAAACAAGUCCUUUUCUGAGGCAAACAGUUGUGGCAGUUGUAGCCAGAACCGAGAGGCGGGUUCAACUGCAUCAACAGCUGUCCUUGUUGGUGAUCGUUUGCUCGUUGCAAAUGUUGGGGACUCUAGAGCUGUCAUAUGUAGAGGAGGAGAUGCUAUAGCUGUCUCAAGGGAUCACAAGCCUGACCAAACAGAUGAGAGAGCAAAGGAUUGAGGAUGCUGGGGGCUUUGUAAUGUGGGCUGGGACAUGGCGUGUCGGUGGUGUUCUUGCCGUUUCUCGUGCAUUUGGUGAUAGGCACCUGAAACAGUUUGUUGUCGCAGAUCCAGAAAUUCAUGAGGAAGCGGUUGAUGGAUCUCUCGAAUUCCUCAUCCUUGCAAGUGACGGAUUGUGGGAUGUUGUCACGAAUGAGGAGGAGGUGGUAGCUAUUGUCAAACCCCUACAAGAUCCAGAACAAGCAGCAAAGAAACUGUUACAGGAGGCCUAUCAAAGAGGUAGUUCUGACAACAUCGCUUGUGUCGUGGUACAGUUUCUUGGCUAGCCUUGAUAACACAACCGAGCAGCAAUAGCCCACUGCCGACGACGCUUUCAGCAGAGCAGCGAGAACAGAAAAAAGGAGAUGAAAAGUUGGUCCACCGGGGAAAUGGAGGAGGGUGCCGAAAGCGGCGUUAAGACGUGGAUCCUGGCAUUUCUCUUUUGUCGAGGACUAGCGUAGAGAUGCCGCAACGUCGAAGCUGCUGCCUCGCUCCUCCAAGUAAGUAGCUCUUUUCUUGGCCCUGCCUUCCCGUUGCACGGUCUCAGAUAGAGAGACCGGCAUUCUUCCUCCGUGCGCUCCACUUGCAGUCUCGGCACGGGCUGAGGCCGUUUCUCAAGUACAGGAGGCUGCGAGUCAGGUGCACAUGGGUUGGGUCGAAAGUCCCUAGCGAUGUUGCGAUGGCGACAAAAUGGCACCCGCAGACUGUCUCUCAAGUCUUCCCGAUCGCGACGUAUAAGAGAAGAAGGGCGAUAGAUUGAUGGAUGGAGGAAUCGAGAGAGAGGCAAGUGAUGGCGUUCGAGUGGGAAUGGAACUCGAUAUGGCAGUUGUUUGCGACGCUGGUGUUCCUCCGGACGGCGUACAGGGACUUCCUUCCCCCGGAGCUCCACCACUCCGUCGGCUUCCUCCUCCGUGGCCUCAUGACCCGCUUCGACACCGACCUCAAGAUCAUCGUCGAUGAGUACGACGGCUCCUGCAGCAAUGAACUCUACAGCGCCGCCCAGGCUUACCUCGGCAGCCACUGCCUCGACGACGCCCGCGUCGUCCGUCUCGCCAAGCGCCACGACUGCCCCCUCCCUCCUCCCCUCCUACCACACCACCCACGACUCCUUCCAAGGCAUUCCCCUCCAGUGGAGCUCCGUCGUGGAGCGCGCCUCUGCCUCCUCUUCCCCCAUCCGCAGCAGCUCCCUCUCUUCGGACCACCGCUACCUCGAGCUCUCCUUCCACAGCCGCCACCGCGAGGCCGUCCGCUCCCAGUACAUCCCCCACGUCCUCCCGGAGGCCGAGCGCAUCCGCCUCCGGGCCCGGGAGCGCCGCCUCUACACCAACCGCUCUGUCGUCUUCGGCGACGACCACCGUAACCCCUGGUCCCCCGCGCCCUUCUCCCACCCCUCCACCUUCGACACCCUCGCCAUCGACCCGGUUCUCCGCGACGACCUCCUCCGGUUCGUCAGCCGCCGGAACUAUUACUCCCGCGUCGGCCGCGCCUGGAAGCGGGGCUACUUCCUCUACGGUCCGCCCGGGACGGGCAAGACCAGCCUCGUCGCCGCCAUCGCCAACCUGCUCGAGUUCGACGUGUACGACCUAGAUCUCACCGCCCUCCGCCGCCUCCUCGUCUCCACCAACCCCAAGUCCGUCGUCGUCAUCGUUUGUACAGCCUCGUCAACUUACUAAAACAGCCUUUGCUCCCUUCGUAGA